GUGAGACGUCACAGUUUUGCGACGGAAGUGUGUUGGUCGGACGCCUCUUGGUGACGUGCACAUGUGGAUAACUGUUGUAACUUGACAGCUGAACAACAAAAUGAGCUAAAAUGAGCUCAUUAUCAACAUAACAGACAUUUCAACCCUGGUUGUGUUUCAUAUCAGUAUGAAUUGAAACUGUCCUCGACCCUGCUGCAGCUGUACAAUAUUUUUUUGCGAGGUUUGCGAGACAUCGUCAUGUCGUUUCUGGUGGACUCAGUCAUCAUGUUCACCUCACAGGUGCUGUUCUUUGGAUUUGGCUGGUUAUUCUUUAUGCGGCAGCUGUUUAAAGAUUACGAGGUGCGACAGUACAUUGUCCAGGUGGUUUUCUCUGUCACGUUUGCUUUUUCAUGUACCAUGUUUGAGCUCAUCAUUUUUGAGAUUCUGGGUGCCUUAAGUAGUAGUUCCAGGUAUUUCCAUUGGAAGCUGAAUCUGUAUGUGAUAUUGCUGGUUCUGAUCUUUGUGGUGCCUUUCUACAUCGGUUACUUUGUUGUCAGCAACAUACGCUUGUUGCAGAGACAGAAGCUUCUGUUUGCUUGUAUGGUGUGGUUUACCUUCAUGUAUUUCUUCUGGAAGUUGGGAGACCCAUUUCCAAUCCUGAGUCCAAAACAUGGCAUCCUGUCCAUUGAGCAGCUAAUCAGUCGUGUUGGUGUGAUCGGAGUCACACUCAUGGCCCUGUUGUCCGGGUUUGGUGCCGUCAACUGUCCCUACACGUACAUGUCCUAUUUCCUUAGAAAUGUAACAGACAGUGACAUUCUUGCUCUGGAGAGACGGCUGCUCCAGACCAUGGACAUGAUUGUCAGCAAGAAGAAACGAAUUGCCAUGACACGGAGGCAGAUGUACCAGCGUGGGGAAGACCAGAACAAACAGACAGGAUUCUGGGGGAUGAUCAAGAGUGUUACCUCCCCACAAACAGGCAGCGAAAACCUCUCUCUGAUCCAGCAGGAGGUUGAUGCUUUAGAGGAGCUGAGCCGACAGCUCUUUCUUGAGACUGUGGACCUGCAAGCAACUAAGGAGCGAAUUGAGUACUCCAAGACAUUCCAGGGGAAGUACUUCAACUUCCUCGGCUACUUCUUUUCCAUCUAUUGCGUUUGGAAAAUCUUCAUGGCCACAAUAAACAUUGUGUUUGAUCGAGUCGGGAAGACGGAUCCAGUGACGAGGGGUAUUGAAAUUACAGUGAACUACUUGGGUAUCCAGUUUGAUGUUAAGUUUUGGUCCCAACAUAUCUCUUUCAUCUUGGUGGGGAUCAUAAUCGUUACAUCAAUUCGUGGCUUACUCAUCACCCUCACUAAGUUCUUCUAUGCAAUAUCAAGCAGCAAGUCCUCCAAUGUCAUCGUCCUUGUCCUUGCGCAGAUCAUGGGGAUGUAUUUUGUAUCAUCCGUAUUGCUGAUGCGCAUGAGCAUGCCACUGGAGUAUCGCUCCAUUGUGACAGAGGUUCUGGGAGAGCUGCAAUUCAAUUUCUACCACCGCUGGUUUGAUGUCAUCUUCUUGGUCAGCGCACUGUCCAGCAUCCUCUUCCUGUAUCUUGCCCACAAGCAAGCACCAGAGAAACACAUGGCCCUCUGAUUCCCUACAACUUUCCUUUUUCCCACCUGGAUGUGACUUCAGAUCCUUGGGAUCACUUUGAAUUUGGAAUUUAAGGAUAUCCACACAUUUGUUUAUACAGGGCAUGAUUAUAUGGCCUCCCUGUUCCUGAAUCAGGAAUGGCUAAUUGUGGGACACAAGUGAUGGGAAACUGUGACAAACCAACUCUGAAAAGUGGACUCUCUUCAGUUGAAGUAUUACCAUAAGAAACAGUACUAUUCGGAAUUCAGUUUUACCUGCAGAUUCAAAUACUCUUUGUGCUUUCAUUUUUCCGCCAAAAAGAUCUUUACUUUUGUAUGUUUUUUUUUUUUUGUCUGACCACACUGGAGCUGUACUAUUCACAGCACAUCCCUGAUUCACUUUCACUGAGGUGUAAAUGGACUGAAGGAAAGCUCAAGGUAUCACUCAUGUCUGUCCUGAAGCAGCUGUUAUUUUUAACAAAAUAUGCCAUUUGAUUGGAAACAAAAACAAAGACUCAUAAAGCUUAAUUCA